AUGGAUGACGAUGACGAUGACUUCGGCAAUUCUACCGCUCCUCUGGACCCUGAAAUGGACCUGCUAAGCGCAACAGAGGCGGGAUCACUAGCUGAUGUUCCAACAACGGCAAAUGACAUGGACGUCUUGCACAAAGAUAGGAAACACGAUACCGAGCUGUUGCGUUCGAUGGAAGGAAUGUCUUUGGACGAAAAGUCGUCCAACGUUGUUGAGUUUGAAACGUAA